CCCCCCUCAGCAAACUACCGUAAAACUCAAGUCUGUGUUUGAUCGAUCUGUCCAUACUUUUAGCAUAUUGGAGGCACCAAUACUCUAUUCCAAUCGUUGUUUCAUCAGUAGCUCUUCUAGAACCGCGCCAGGUGGUAAAGGGUUAAGUUAAUUUUGAUCUGAAAAUACGAAAAAUAUUCUUUUUCAUAACUUAUUGCAAUAUUAUUUCUCUUUUUAGGCUCCUUAUCACUACUUGAUGUAUUUCCACAAUUACAGACACUUGUACUACGUAAUAUUCAUGAAUCUGAUACCACUGAUCUUGUACCUUACUUAUCAAGUGUUCUAUUUAUUGAAAAAUUCGUAUUAGAUAAAUGUCCAUUGAACAAAGCAUCUACAUUAAUUUGUGAAUAUCUUCUAAAUGGUUCAUUGAAAACUCGCCUAACCAGUUGCAUUCUCCAGAGUACUAGUAAAAAUGAGAGCUUAUUUUUCCAUGAACCUCUUUCGUCAUCAUAUCAACCACAACUUUCUCUCGUUUAUCUUCGAAUUGAUAUUCGUGACUUUGCUUCAUUAAAAUAUUUUCUUAUGUUUUUUCCAAAUUUGUCUACACUUGAUGUUCUUCUCGAUCAAGACGUCAAAACAAGUGAUCAAACGUUAUUUAGUUCGACAUUUUGUCCAUGUUAUCGUUUAACUAAAUUGAUAUUGAGAUUACGCGAUAUGGUUGUACAAGAUUUUACGAGUCUUACUAAAUUCAUUCUUCUUUUUCAACAUACUCUUGUUACAUUACAUUUGGCUAUGAUUCAUCAAGAUCCAAAUUUUCAACAUUCAUUAACUUACAUUGAUGGUAAUCAUCUUUUCAAUGAAAUUGUUAUGCAUAUGAAAAUGAUCAAAGACUUUUCAUUUUGGAUUGAAACAACCUGUUUAUGCAAUCAACAAAUGAACAAUAUUAUUCAGUCAUUUCAAACGAAGUAUUGGUUAACCAUGCAUAUUGGAUGUUUCUAUGACAGCGUAAAUAAACUUUAUGUUAUGUUUACACUACCUCAUACUCUUAAUCUUCGACUCACGAUUUUAAAUGAUAUAAUACAUACUCAUUUUAAUCAUACUGAUGAUCGUUUAGAUUGUUUAAUAUCAAUGUUAUAUAGAAAGAGUCCAAGCAUGUUUAUACUUAUAGGAGAAAAUGAAUCUCUUAGUGGAACAUUUCUUCACAUGUUAAAACAAGGCUCUCACACAGGAAAAUCAAUUAGAAUUAAACCAAAUGGCAUCUAUCAGUUAGAACAUAACGAUCAUAAUCUUACACAAUUUAAUGUACUCGAAAUUCAAAGACGUCAUGAAAAUCAACCAAGUAAUAUAUUCAUUAAUACAACAAUUACUUGGCUUACUUGGAUGCCACAUAUACGAAUAUUAAAUAUUGAUAAUGAACUUUUAUUACAACUUAAUAUUAAUAUAAAUCGAUUUUCAUCUCUAGAAAUAUUAAUUAUUCGUCAAACCAAUAAUUCUCUUACUAAUGAACUGUUAAUGAUCAUUACUUCUCUUGGUACAUCAUCCUCAUUACAUACUAUUCAUCUACAACAAUAUAGAAUGAAUUCUCAGCUUACAACAGAUGAUUUACUUUUAGUUUUACAUCAAAUCCGUCAUAAUCUAUUUAGAUUGAAAAUAAUGACAAUUGAAUUUCAUAAAGAUGCACUGUUUAAUACCGAAAUAUUAGAAAAAUUCACUGAUAUACAAAAGAAAAACUGUCAUUUAGAAUAUAUUCAUAUAUCAAAUGCUUGUAUUGAAUUGUGGUUUGGUCAAUGA